AGUCACCCAAGGGCUGCUUCCUUUGGGCCUCGGGGGAACCUGAUUACGCUCCCAAAAGCCUCCGGGCGGCUCGCUGGGACGCGCUUCCUUGGACGCGGAGAGGGAGGCUCUCUCAGAGGCUCCUCAGUGUGGGCGACUGAAAUAACCUCGAUCUGAGAAACAGCCCCAGAUCAUCUCUACUGUCUGUUCAGAUGUGCGUGUAUUUCUUCUAAGUUGAUUAAGUUUUAGAACUAUCAAAUGCUUCAAAAAUCUGACUGACAGUACUGUACAAGCCUGCCUGCCAUGGGCUGUCGGGAUGUCCAUGCAGCCACAGUCCUCUCCUUCCUGUGUGGAAUCGCCUCAGUAGCAGGCCUCUUUGCGGGGACCCUGCUUCCCAACUGGAGAAAAUUACGACUGAUCACGUUCAACAGAAAUGAGAAAAACCUGACUGUUUACACAGGCCUGUGGGUGAAGUGUGCCCGGUAUGAUGGGAGCAGUGACUGCCUGAUGUACGACACUACUUGGUACUCCUCUGUUGACCAGCUGGACUUGCGGGUCCUCCAGUUUGCCCUGCCUCUCAGCAUCCUGACUGCAGUGAGCGCCCUGCUGCUCUGCCUGAUUGGAAUGUGCAACACUGCCUUCAGGUCCUCCGUGCCCAACAUCAAAUUGGCCAAGUGUCUGGUUAAUAGUGCAGGCUGCCACCUGGUGGCUGGGCUGCUGUUUUUCCUGGCUGGUACUGUAAGCCUCUCUCCAUCCAUCUGGGUCAUAUUUUAUAACAUUUAUCUGAACAAGAAGUUUGAGCCAGUCUUUACCUUUGACUAUGCAGUGUAUGUCACUAUGGCUAGUGCUGGGGGCCUGUUUAUGACUUCCCUUCUGCUGUUUAUUUGGUACUGUGCAUGCAAAUCUUUGCCUUCUCCUUUCUGGCAACCACUAUACUGCCAUCCUCCCAGUAUGCAUACUUACGCACAGCCCUAUUCAGCACGCUCCCGCCUCUCUGCCAUUGAAAUUGACAUUCCAGUAGUUUCACACACCACCUAAUAGGGAACUAGUUGUUAAAGAAAACUUGUAGCCUCACAUAUCCCUUAUAUAAGGAAUUGUUUUGGACCUGUGUACAUUUUCCUUAGUUUCUGACCAGUUAAUGAAGCCAAAUUUGUAUGUCCUGGUAGAAUGAAGUGCUGCUAGUUUUUAUGAAAAGUACAUUAUUUAAAAAUUUUUCCUUUAAUCUUGCUUCUUAUGCUAGAAGGAUUUUUAACCUCCGUAUUGAUAUCUGAUCAGUAUUCAAGUAGAAAGAACCUGUGUCUUGACUGAAAUGAUUUAGAACAACAUGGUAAAGUGAAAAAUGAUGGCUCAAAGAAGCUGUUGUAUAUGCCAUCUUUAUGAAUAUCUCAGAAUGUAUUGUCCUUUUUCUAUACCUUAAUCUGGGGGACAAAAGGGCAAUUUCAAAUAUAAGAAAUAUCUUUCAGGUUAGAGUAAUAUUUUAACAGUAGUCAGUCCACCAGCUGAAGGCUGUAACUUUUCUUCUUGCUUGGGGCUAAUUAUAUCGUGUAGAGUUAGUUAUUUUGAAGAUUACUUUCUUUUGUGAGUCCUUACCUUCUACCUCAUGCCAGUGUUUAAAAGUACAAUGCAUUUUAAGUGAAGUCAGAGAGAAUAAGCCUAACAUUUUCAGUAUCUACUAGUAUUGAUAACAUUUAACAUAAUUAGAAAUUAAUGAUUCUAUAAAUUGUAUAAUUGGAAUUAAAAUGUGCCGUGUAAUGGAUUGGUGCUUCCUCUGAGGCAGAAAAAACGUUUUUCCAGAUACUAUCUACUAAGUGGUACUCGUGUCCAUGUAUAAUCUCUUCAUGACUAAAAGAAAGAAAGAGGCCCAAGUUCUCUUUUAGACAGUGGUAGGGGCAAGCAUCUGUUCUUCAGUGACAACAUCAGAAAUUCACUCUUGAGUGAUUAGUGAAGUAAGUAUGGCUUCACCAUGACCACAGUCACCGCUGAUUGAGUUCCUACCCCCAUCACUGAUUAUUUCCUUGAGCUUGUAUCUUUGCCCAACACUUGAGUAGGUGUUAUAGGAGAUACAUAAGAAGUGUGAGAUCUGGCCCCAUCCACUAAGAAAUUUUAAUUUAAUAUAGAAGUGCAAACUUAGGAAACAGACUUAACUUCAUUGGCACUGUUCUUACGUUCUCAAUCCUUGAUCCAGGAAUAUAUUUCAACUGGAGACAUGGCAUCUGACAGACAGGCUUAUUGUACAAUACCAGCAAUAUUCUGCAACUUAGAAAUUCAAUUCGUUGGCUCCUUUAGAGCACCUACCUUAGCCUGGGCACUGUAGUAGCACCAUGUCAGAUUAAUGAGAAUGGGCAAAAGUAGUGGAGAAGUUAAGUUGUUCACUUUUCACCUCUGAAAGUAUGAUGAUGUGUUGAAGGGAGAAGAAUAGUUAAAAUCUUCUCUUCUAAUGGGGUAGCAUUUACAUGAAACCAUGUUAACACAGAUGAAUGUUUAGAAUUUCAGGAAUAUUGGACCUUUACCCUUAGGAAUUUGAGUUGCUGACACCCUUGAUUUAAUUUGCUGCACAUGAGUACUAUGUUCCUAAGGAUUUUGUUCUAUUAACCAAUACAGAUUUCACAAACAGCUAGUUGCAUGGUUAACAGGUUAUGUCUCUUUGUAGAUCAGUAUGAUUUUGGUACUUCUGUGGAUGUAAGUGGUACUGUUUUGUUUUUCUAACUCCAACACUAGGUUAUGUAUAUAGCAAAUCCAGUUGUAUACUUUUGUCAUCAGUAGAAAGCAUGCAAGACUAUGGUUUUUUAAUUAUAGUGAUUUCCUUCAGUUCCAUUCCUUUUAACUCUUCUUAGACAUAGCUAAGUCUUGAUCAUUCCAAGGUAAUGGCAGGUAGAAUUUUGAGAUUAAUAUUAAUUUCCCCCUUUGCUAAUUAAUUUUAGUCCCCUCUCUCAAUAAAUUUGUCCAGAAAUGUCAGAAUUCCACCAUUGUCAUUCUUUGUAUAAACCAUAUUAAAGAAAAGUAGAUUCAGCUAUUAAUAUAAUAGACAGUUUUUAAUCCAUGGGAUCAUAAAUAUAAAUGUUUAAGCUUUUUCCAUUCUUUUCAAAAUCUUUAGCCUCAAAUUAGUAUUUAUUAUGGAUUCACUGGGCAAAAGAAACAACUGUUUCUCUUAUUUUCUUUAAUAUUUCAUAUUUGCUAUCAAUAGCUAUUCUUCAAAGCCAUCCAAGGAAAGCAAAUAUUUAUAAUUCUUUUUAGAAACUUUUGAGCACUCAUCAGGCUAUCAUUGUGAUAGGGUUUAUCUUUUUUUGUCAUUACAAACCAUUAAUGUUAAGGGCCUUUUAAAGAAGCCAGCUUGGAAACAACCUUAAAUGUGGUAGGAUAUACCAGAUUUGGUUUAUCCAGCCAUGGGAGAAAAAAAAGAAACCUAAGUUUACUUGUAAUUAUACACUACAAUAGAUAAUGUUUGCUGUAAACUGCAAUGUAAAACCUCAGUAAACUGCACUGUACUUCUUGAUGUUUAUUAAAAGAUGUAUUUUUACAAGG